CUUUCUCCGACUUUCUCGGACGUGUUUUAUGCCACUUCUUUUUCUGUCUCAUUUUGUCCACCACACUUUUAACGUUGUGCAUGAAUCCACAAAGGGCGUUACCGCUCAAGAACCAAUGACGCACUCAACAGCGAGCAGUGCAGAAAUAACAACAGGGAUAACAACGGUGAUUUCCCCCACCUUGACGACAAACCAGCCGCCGGACAAUGUUCAAGAGGUGACGGUGCAGGAGCAGAGCGAAACCAGUAUAACACUCCAGUGGGAAAAGUUGAACAACAUUUCCACAUACUUCCUACAAUAUGGCCUUCACGGCGGUGAAAAGGAGGAGCGGGUUAAUGCUUCGUCGGGUCAGUUGUUGGUCAAGCAUGUGGUUACCCAUCUGACUGCUGGAAGAAAAUACCAAUUCAGGCUCAUCUCCGAACUCAUGGGCGCCAACAGCAGUGGAUACAUAUUUUCUGCUCCCACUGCCCCUGAGGAUGUCAAAAAUGUGGAUGUGGUGACCCAGACUGAAAGCAGCAUUACUCUGUCAUGGGACAAGGUUGGCAAUAUCUCAACAUACACCCUACAAUGUGUCGACUGCAACAUAACAAAAGAAGACAUGAGUUUUGGAAGGAAAGCGGUGGUUAUGCGUGAGGUUUCUUCGCUCGCUGCUGGGAAAAGAUACAAUUUCACUCUCAUCACCGUGUUUGAGAACGUUACCAGCACCGGAUUCACGUUUGCCGCCUCAACAGUGCCCUCAAUGGUGGCUGUGGUCAACGUGACUGAGCGUUCAGACACCAGUUUGACUCUGGCAUGGGAGAAGAUGGAUGCCCAGUGGACCUACUUGCUUCACAUUUACGGCACAAAUGUCACAGUCAAAUCGUCAGAUGUCUCCCACUCCUUCACGUCUCUGCAACCUGGAACGGAGUAUCCAUUCACUGUGAUCACAAUGUUCUCUGGGCUCAACAGCACCGCUUAUACAGGCUUCUCUGUAACAGCCAUUAACUGCACCAACGAGCCCUGGCAUGUCACAACAUCAUCCAUCCAAGGAGCGAUCGAGGGCUUAUUUACAAGCGCAACCGCCUCCAAUGGCUCUCACUCUCAUGUCAGUGCAACAGGAAGUCAAACGGUGUCCUUUUCAGGACUAUAUCCGGGCGCGACAUACAACGUGUCACUCCAGUAUGAAAGGAAUUCCACUCACUUAGUGCAGUGCCGGCACCAACUGACAACCAUUCCGCCGGAUUUAACUGCUCACUGCAACUACUGGGACUCAGGCUAUUCUGUCUUUAUCGUCUGGGAUAAGCCAGACGGAUUGUGGAGUGCUGUGGAGGUUAAUGUGAGUGGAAAAACGUGCCUAGUGGAUGAUAUCGGACAACAACAUGUCAAGAUACCUGGUUUCCAACCUGCGAGAACCUACGGGGUGUCUCUAUCGUCAUUGUCAGGAAGGAUGAUGAGGUCCAAAGCGUACGUUUUUCACUGUUCUACUGAUCCGCGUGGGGUCAUUGCAGCAUCAGUCGUCUCUAUCCUGCUUAUCGGCGUCCUGGUGUGUGUGACAGUGUUUAUUUUAAUGAAACGACCAAAUGGUAUCAUCAGGAGGAAAAAGUCUUUCCUUGACGGUGUCACCGUUUCAACUCACAAAGUCAUGGGACGUCUUGGCGCGAUGUAUGGCGAAUCGCCAAUAUCCGAACACUCACGCAUGGGAUCCGCUUCUUCCUAUAUUAUGAACAACAAGGUAAAAUGCUUGUUCUACUCUUUCUCCAGAGAUAUUCCUCUUGCAAAGUUUCCCGCACACUUUUACAGUUUAAGCAUGGAUAAGAACCAAGGUUUCAUUGAGGAAUAUGAGUGUCUUGCUCUUGUUGGCACGGAUCAAAUGCAAAAUGCUGCUCUGAUGCCUGACAACUCUGACAAGAAUCGCUUCACUAACGUCCUGCCGUAUGACUGGUGCAGGGUGAAGCUACAAACCACAAAUGGCAUGUCUGACUACAUCAAUGCCUCUUACAUACCGGGUUACAGCAGUAGCCGUGAGUACAUUGCCACUCAGGGCCCUCUACCCUCCACAGUUAGUGACUUCUGGAGAAUGAUCUGGGAGCAGAGAGUGAGCGCCAUCGUCAUGUUGACCAACUGCGUUGAAGGCAUGCGGACUAAAUGUGAACAUUACUGGCCUGCACAAAGCAAAAGUUGCUUUCACGGAGAGCUGACCAUCACAAUCGUAUCGGAACAGCAAAAGCCCAACUGGACGUUAAGGGAAUUCCAUGUGAAACAUAGGAACAUACCGGCGGAGAGGAUGGUCAAACACUUCCACUUUACUGCUUGGCCUGACCACGGAGUCCCUCAAGGUACGGAUGUCCUGAUCCAGUUCAGAGGCCUAAUUAGGCAGCACAUAGAAGCACAAGGGAACAAUGCUCCCAUUGCAGUUCACUGCAGUGCCGGAGUGGGCCGGACCGGCACCAUCAUAGCCUUAGAUGUUCUGCUUCAGCAGCUGCACAGAGAUAGGAAAGUGAACAUCAAGGCUUUUGUGCACAAAAUGAGACUACAGCGGCCACACAUGGUGCAGACGGAGUCCCAGUAUGUUUUCCUGAACCAGUGCAUCUUGAACCAACUGAAGUCUUAA